AUGCAACCUCAAGCUGAAGGCAAAGGCCAACACGAAAGAGAAAGAGAAAGCCCAAGCACAAGCACCACCCCCCAACCUCCAGCCCAUCCCAAUCCAGACACCACUCCGACCUCCACCACCGGGCGCCGUCCGACCCCGUUCCCUUCACACCUCCCAAGACCCAUUGUCCCUCACCCAGCAGCAUCCAGCAGGGGAGGCAGAAGAAGAACACUACCUCCACCACAGCCCCAACAACUAGCACCACCACUGCAACAUCACCGUCGCUCCUCCCCCUUCCCAUCACGACUCCCCCAAAGAACCUUAACAUCCACUACCACAGCACAAACCACACCGCCACGUACACGCCUCGAAUCAAUAUACGGAGCCCAAUCAUAUGCAUUCUGGCUCGGACGACUCAUGACCGUUCUCAAUGCCAUACUUUACGCAGACUUAUUUGAUGCACCGGAUCCCGUGACCGGCAUUCGUCCACCAAGUGUAUUCUCGCUGACCGUGUCGAGACAUGGGUAUUCUCAGCGUGUAGCGGCUCUUGCUGGGUCGGAUAGGGGAGCUACGGGGAGGUUUAGGAGGGCAUUUAUGAUGCUGGAGGAUGCAUUUGGGAUUUUUAGAUUAUUGCUGGUGGGGAGGCCAUUAUGUUGA